GUAUCCAACCGCAGCUCAAGAAGAGGACAGAGACCCUCCUUUCUGCGUAAGCGCAACCAACCAACAGUGGGCAUUCAUUAAUAUUUCUUUGGGAGUGAGAUAUAGUAUACAGAUGCGUGACUACUUUUCGCUAAAUAGUUUUUUUUAUUUAAACGAGCUAAUUGCAGGUGCGAUUUUGGUCCUUGUUUUUUUAACAUAGCAUUUGAGAUCUGUUCCAGUUUUUGAUCAUUUUGAUGUAGUGUCGCUGCUAAAAGAUGCCGCAGCCGAAAUCCCGAAAAAUCGCCGUCCUGGGCUACAGAUCCGUCGGUAAAUCCUCCUUGACAAUACAGUUUGUGGAAGGCCAGUUUGUCGACUCGUAUGACCCAACCAUUGAAAACACGUUUACGAAGAUGAUCACAGUGAAUGGUCAGGAGUACCACCUGCAGUUGGUGGACACAGCUGGGCAGGAUGAAUACUCCAUUUUCCCACAGACCUACUCCAUAGACAUCAACGGGUACAUUUUGAUGUAUUCUGUCACGUCAAAUAAAAGUUUUGAAGUAAUAAAAGUUAUCCAUGAAAAAUUAUUGGAUAUGGUGGGUAAAGUACAAGUACCCAUCAUGUUGGUGGGGAACAAGAAAGAUCUACACAUGGAACGUGUAAUCAGUUGUGAAGAAGGCAAAGCACUGGCUGACUCGUGGAACGCAGCGUUCAUGGAGUCCUCUGCAAAAGAGAACCAGACAGCGGUGGAGGUGUUCAAGAGGACCAUCCUGGAAGCGGAAAAAAUGGAGGGGGGAGCCCCCCAGGGCAGGACGUCCUGCUCCCUGAUGUAACCAUCCGCCUCGGGCCCUCGCAACCCGUCCCCAACCACAGCACUGGACACUGGGAAAUCUCUCUACUUGAAGUGGCUAACUGCCUGUUCUCCCUCAAGAAACGUCUUCUGUUUUUCCCUUUUUUUUGUUUUUUUGGGGGAAGGACAGAGGAAGACUUUGACAUUAAGAGUAAUUAUCCAUCCCAGCUUAGAGUACACUCGUCUCACCCCCCCCUCCCUCCCUGACUUCCCCUUCUUUUGAGAAACCAAACGUGGGGAAAUAUCGAGCCUUACUUCUCAUUUAAAGCCUGUAAUCUCAUUGCUACCUGACCCUGCCUUCCCCUUGAAAAGUUUGUAUAACAACAUAUUUCUUAGUUAUUAUUAUGGCCACUACAGUUGGCCAGCAUUCAUUCACUAGUGUAGUGAAUGUUGAUUCCCUUUUUUUUAUUAUUGUAAUCAUUAAAUCUGCAUAUUGUUUCACUACA